CUUGCGUACAACCUUGUGCGUUAGAUUCAAGAGUGAAGUAGUUGCUUGUGGUGUUGUAUAUGCGGCUGCUCGAAGGUUCCAGGUACCACUUCCUGAGGACCCUCCAUGGUGGAAGGCUUUCGACGCAGAGAAGUCUGGGAUUGAUGAAGUCUGUAGGGUUCUGGCACACCUAUACAGCCUUCCCAAAGCAGUACACAUACCAGUAUGUAAAGAUGGGGAUUCAUUCACAACAUCGAGACAGACAACAGACUCACAAGCACAGCAAAAUUCGAAGGAAGGUACGCCGAAUGGACCGGCAGCUAAUAAUGAUUCAUCUAGUCCCAAGGCUGUGUCUGCAGUUGCCAAUCCAGACGCCAGUGGUUCAAAGGGUGCACUUAUAAAAGUGGCCUGUGAAAAAUUAAAGGAGUCCAAGAAAAGUGAUGAUGACACCAAGAAUCUCCCAAUUGAUGAAGUGAUGAGAGAAGAACCUCCAUCGAAGUCCAAGGCUGACCAUAGACAGGAGGCAAGUGGAGAAAGGAACAGGGAGAAGGAGAGGGAGAGAUCAAAGGCUCGGGACCGUGAUAGGGGAAGGGAUGGUAGGGAUUCUGACAGGGAAAGGGAACGAGAGAAAGUCAAGGAUAGAAGCCAUCGUUCAAAGGAAAAGGGAAAAGAUUCAGGAGGGCAUUCGGAGAAAUCAAGACACCAUCCACCACGGGAUCGUAGUGACUACCAUAGCUCCUCUUAUUCGACCCGCGAGAAGGAUCGACACAGACAUCAUCCAUACACAUGAACCAGCAAUAUUCUUUCCAUUUUGGCUACUGGGUUUUUGCAGCUUGAUUACCCCAACUGUAUAUUUUGACACCUAGACGGAAAAUGGAUGGUGAAAAGAGUGAGGGCAUCCAUACUAGAUUUCCUGUAGUUAUAAAGCUCAGUCAUGUUGGGGAAAUAAUAUAGUGCUCUAGGUACUGUGUUUAAUUGUCAAUAUACAAAACUAUGCAAAUUUUCGUAUGUGGAUGUAUUUUUUUUUUAGCAGAACUGGUCUGUAUUCUUGGAUCUUACCUGUGUUGAAUUAACAUGUUUGAACUGCUAAUGAGCUGGUACACCACCUUUCUUUGCUUAAAACUAGAGUCCCAAAGUA